AUGGAAUUUGAUUCAAAGCAUAAUAGAGAAGUGGAUGUUGCCUUCAUCCAACAACCCAUCUUUCCAUAUGACAAUUACUUGAAACCUGAAAUGCAAGAUGGAUUUUCCUUGGAAGCUAUUGCAUCUAAAGCCCUUUUACAAGAUACUCAACCUCUUGAUCAAGUCCUAGUCUAUGGAUCUUCCUCAAAUUCUCUAGAUUUUGGGAUGCUACAUUGUAAUCCUCCUAUGGAUAGUGGGUGUUCAUCAAAUCUGAAUUUCUAUAAAUCUAAAGCAUUUGAAAAAAAUAGUGCAUCUGGAGCAUCAUCAUUUGUUAUGGACAAUAUCAAUACUAACUUUCAAGGUGGAGGAGGAUACUCAUUCAUCCAAUACCCCUAUAGGAGCAUCCUUCCUAAUAGCAACAUGAUGGGAGCUAGCCGAAGCUUUCUCCCCUUCAAUUUCCAGGAGAUCAAGUCUGUGAGCCUUGUGCUCCCAGAUGAAGCCUCAUGCACAACAAUGCCAUCAAACAAUGGGUACUACAAAAAUGUUAAUGGCACAAACAAAGGGAUUAAGACUUCCACCUUAGGGAGAAGAGCGUACAAAAGUCGCAACAGGGAGUCUAAUGUGGUCAAAGGGCAAUGGACUAUUGAAGAAGACAGACUAUUAAUUCAACUCGUGGAACAAUAUGGAGUGAGAAAAUGGUCUUUAAUUGCUCAAAUGUUGAAAGGAAGGAUUGGCAAGCAAUGUCGAGAGAGAUGGCAUAACCAUCUUCGGCCUAACAUCAAGAAAGAUAUAUGGACAGAAGAGGAGGAUAGGAUUCUGAUCAAUGCCCACGAAGAAAUCGGCAACAAAUGGGCAGAAAUUGCAAAGAGGUUGCCAGGAAGAACUGAAAACAACAUAAAGAACCAUUGGAAUGCUACCAAAAGAAGGCAAUUCUCCAAAAGAAAGUGCAACUCAAAAUUCCCAAGAACAAGUACCCUCCUUCAAAAUUACAUCAAGAGUUUGAACCUAACUUCUACCAAAAGUGAUCGCAAGAAAAAUUAUUCUAAGUCUAAGACUAAUACCAAUGCUCGCGAUCAUGCCAAUACUGAUAACAACAUUAUAAACACCAAAGCAACACCAUUAACAGUGGUAGCUGCUCCAAGUUUGCCCAUGGUGGCCUCAAAAUUUUACUUGGAUAAUCGGCUAGCCCUGGAUUUUGAUUUCAACCUCGAUGUGUUGGAUUUUCCUUUCAACGUGAACAACAUGUUUGAUGAGCGAUGCAGCAUAGAUUCACUACUGGAUGAGAUGUCAAAUUGUAGUGCACUUGGUGAUGAGAAAGGGUUAGAGGAGAUGGGGAUGUCAUUAAUGGAUGUCGAUUCACUAAAGCAAUGUGAAGUGAAGGAAGAGUUGGAUUUGGUAGAGAUGAUCUCUCAAGUUAACCAAUAA